AUGGCAGGGAAACGCAAACUCGAGGAGGAGCCUUCAGGUCGUGAUAAGAAAAAGAUCAAGAUAAAAACUGCUCGCACAAUCGCUAUACAGAACGUUUCGAGUUCUUCGACCGCGUCGGUGACCCAAGCAUCCGCAAAUGCUGGACCUUCCACAUCCAAGGCGCCUGCGCGUCUGCCUGGCUCUUUGGACGUUGAGAGAUUCGUAGAGGCCAGGGCUUUUGAGAUAGAUGCCAUGCAUAAGGCUAUGAAGGCAGCGUCUUCGAGCGGUACACAGAGGGCUUGGCAAGCUCUUCCCCGUCACCUUCGCAGAAGAGCCGCCAGUCACGAUGUCCGUCGUGUCCCCCUGCGUUUACGAGAUAAAGCGAUAGCGGAGAUGGACACGGUGAACAAGAAGAAAAAGUCAUUACCGAAGCAAGGAAAGAAUAAACGUGUGCCGCGUACCGAGAAAUUCUUGUCGCGCCAGCGUAGCAAAACAUGGCUAGAAACACAUAUAUGGCAUGCGAAACGCAUGAAAAUGGAAGAUAUCUGGGGCUAUCGCUUGGCUAUGCAACCAACAGAAAAGGCAUUCCGGCCGUCACACCGGGCGGCACAGCACGGUUGUAUCAUUCACGAUGCGUCCUACCUUGGCCUGAUUGAAAUCACCGGCGCCCUGGGCCCUCUUAGUGAUCUGCUCUUGCUCUGCUGCGACCCGCAAGGGCAGCCGCCUGGCGCUCAAAGAUAUACGGUUGGUUCGCGGGCCCUAGACACCCACCUUUAUUCUCCCGGGCAAUAUCCACUUGGGCUAGCUUGCCCUAUAACAAUCAUCUGGAAACCAGUGGAUUUACCAAAUCAGACAGUCACUCCCAAAGCCAAUGCUCAAGAUAAGCCUGCUGAAAACAACGAGGAGACUCGAAGGGUCGAACAUCCAUCCCCAGAACCUGGCAGCAAGAGAACAGUCUGGUUAAUGGUGCACCCCUGCGUCUUUGACACUGCUUUUGGGAUCAUCCAGUCGUGUGCUUCUCUUACACUGGCUCGUUUGAAGGAGACGGGUAAUACUUCUAUAGAGAUUGAGAUUGCAGACCUGCGAACCCAACUGAACAUCUUCGAAAUCAUGGGCCCGAAAUCUAGUCAGGUCAUCAAGGGUGCACUGAGUCCCACUGCCGCCGGGCAGAAGGAUGACUUCACAUCGUUCUGGUCCUCGCUAGGGGACAUCCAAUCCACCGGAUCCCUCGCUCCUGGUAUGAUUAUCGGAUUCAAAGUGCACGACCCUCGACUGAAAUUCCCGCCCAAAAAUGCUAAGCCUAGUCCCGUGGAUAUUCCCCACCAAUCCUCUCCGAUGAAAGUAUUCCCCUCAGCGGCGCUAGCCCGUUGCGAGAUCUGGGGCGAGACGAUUAGGUCGUCUUUGAAACAACCGCGAUACAAGAAAAAAGACAUAGAUGAUCGAAAGGCUCAGAACCUCAUCCCAGGACAACCCUUGGCGCCGCAAAGGCAAGACGACCGCAUACCAGUACUUCUGGUACAACGAUCGCUUGGCUCCGUCCAGUCUGGUACACAUGGCUGGAUGCUAAUUAUCCCCGCUGGAUGGUCGAUGCCUUUCUUCUCUUCGUUAACGUUUACGGGGAGCCGUGUGGGUGGCCAGCGCGAACGGCAAACACAAGCAUUUGAAGCCGGCGUCCCAUACUUCCCUAAAGAUUAUCCUAGCAUCCCUGCCCACGGAGAGCAAAUCUCCAAAACCGCAGAUGAAGAGGAGGCAAGGUGGAAACGCACUCCCGCCGCGAAGAAACCAAACUUCGAGAAAUUGGGAACACGCAGCCCUUGGAGACCUGACUGGGAGGUCGUGCUAGGACUGAAGGAGCCCAAAAGUCAGCUUGUCCCAACACAGCGGGAAGCUCCAGGACCCGAGCACGAGGACUUGCAGCCAUCGGAGGAUGUGGAACGCAAGGAUGCGGAGGAUACUGCGAUGCUUGGGAAAUCUCCUUGGCUCCUUCGUGGCGCAUUGUUGAAGUAUAUGUCGCUCGUACCAGACUUCAUCAAAGAAAUCAACCGAUUGCGGACUAGACGUUCUGAAUCCCAUUUCGAUUUCAAGGAUGCAGACUUGUUGCUGCGUUCUGCCCUCGUUCCCGUACAACUAACGCCCUGUGGCCGCGGCGUACUCAAGGAUAUGUCUAUGAUAUACAUGCUAGAAGAUCAUGAAUGUGAAGAGGCUCAGAAGCAUGUUGGCUCCGAUUCGGAAGAAGGCGGGGAGGCCGUUACCUGCGACAAGGGUGCAAUCAUCGGGUAUACUACCACUGGUAACUUCUGUCUUUCUCGUGGUAGGGGUCAUAGCCUAGGUGCCAUCGCUGCGAUCAAAUACCAGGCGCUAGUUGCCCAGGCCAGGAGGUUGUCCCAGGGAGCACCUGGGAGCGCUGUUGUAUCUAGAUUCUUGGUGAAGGGCCGGAAUAGGGAUGGACAAUCAUCGUGGCUUGCCCAUCUGGAGGCCAGCGACUUUUCACAAUCCUGA